AUGGCGCUUUUACUAGUUGCUGGUCGUUUUAGAAGGACACGCUUUACGUCUUUCUGCUCUCCUCUCUUAUUCGUUCUAUCCUCCGGCGAACAAAAGAUGACAGAAAGAUGGAGAAGAUCGAAACCGCUGUACAGUCCCACGUAUCUCCGUCAAUCAAAACUAUCUUCCAAUCGUGACUGUUUCUCCCCACGGGAACCCUUGAAAUGCCUUUCCUUGUCUUCCUGGAUAGUGUCAAGCCCUCUCACCCGGUGGAUCAACAUGGCGAAAGUUGAACGAAACCGAAAGGAAGAGAUCGCACUAGGGAUGACGCUUCUUGGGUUUUUAUUUUCUUCAAUACUAUAUGGAUUGUUCUUGUCACAGUUGUACACAUAUUAUAAACGGUUUCCAAGGGAUUCGGUCCGAAUCAAAGCUUUGGUUGCUGCUAUUGCCUUUUUCAACACGGUGUCGGUUGUAUUGGUCUCCCAUUCUUGUUGGUAUUAUUUCGUGACGACUGGGAACAUGAAAGUUGCAGUUUGGAGUAUGAACGUUGAGCUUACAAUAUCGAUGGUUAUUUCUGGAAUUGCAGAAUCGUUUCUCAUAUAUCGUGUUUGGAUGUUGAGCAGCCGGCGAACCUUCCUUACCUAUGUGCUCUCACUAUUUGCCGUUGCACAUUUUGUGUCAGGACUAGUCUCGGCGGUCCACUUUUUAGGAACUAAACAGACGCCGUACUUCUCAGGUGUAGGAUUAGAACCCAAUAUCAAGAUCCCGAGUAUAAUCAAAUUGAGUAGCGCAGCCGUGUGCGAUACUGGGAUAGCUAUCGCGCUUUGUUAUUAUUUACAACAGAAGAGGACGGGGUAUAGGAGGACGGACGAAAUCAUUGAUUAUCUGAUGAUUCUGGCGAUUAACUCGGGAUGUUUGACGAGUAUCGCGUCGAUCAGCUGUCUGCUUACUUAUCUAAUCGUCCCCAAGACAUGGGUCUACUUAGCUCUUUGUUUUGUGAUCAGCCGAUUGUAUGCCAAUACUUUCCUAUCCGCCUUGAAUACUCGUCAGAUCUUACAACCGACACACGAGAUGGACACUCCCGUUCUCCCAAACUUCCGCCAUCCUCGGAAUCAUCCGGAUAUCUCAGAGAAGACCCCGACACAGGUAUAUGUUAUCACCGAGACUAUUACUCGUAGCGAUUCGAAUAUGUCAGACUCUUCGAGUCGGAGUACUAAGGCACUAACAGUUCCUUCCUUCGAGGGUGUCAGCAGCACGCCGGCAUCCCCUAUCGUUGGCGUGCCGGAAAUAUCUGGAGGAUCGUAUAGAAUCGAAGAGUUGCCCCGGUAUGACUAGGUUGUGGACUAUACAACAUUCCUUCGAUUGGUUUACUAUGUAUAACGUACCCUGCUUUCGAC